UAAGCGCCGCCCUCUCCCGCGCCCCGCCCCGCUGCUCAGAGCGGCAGCACCGAGAGACCGAGCGGCCGCACCGGCACCGCCACCGCCACCGGCACCGCCCCAGCCGGCCGCCAUGGCCGAGUACCGCAGCUUGCUGGAGGAGCUGGCCCAGAACAUCACGGCCGAGGACCUGGAGCAGCUGAAGUCGGCCUGCAAGGAGGACAUCCCCAGCGAGGAGAGCGAGGCCAUCGCCACCAGCCACCACUGGUUCGCCUUCCUGGAGAAGCACAGCAAACUGGACAGGGACAACCUGUCCUACAUCGAGCACAUCUUCGAGAUCUCGCGCCGCCCCGACCUGCUGACCAUGGUGGUGCAGUACCGCACCCAGGUCCUCAAGAUCUCCGAGGAGGACGAGGUGGACACCAAGCUCACGCGCAUCCCCAGCGCCAAGAAGUACAAGGACAUCAUCCGGCAGCCCUCAGAAGAGGAGAUCAUCAAACUGGCCCCCCCGCCCAAGAAAGCCUGAGGGGGGGGCGAGGAGGAGGAGGAGGAGGAGGAGGAGGAGGAGGAG